GGCAAAGUAUUGAGCGAGUUUCGUAUACCGCGCUGCGUCCGCGUGCACUUCGACGGGUUUCAGCCUUUGCAGUUUGAGCCAAUCUCGCGCGCUUGUCGCCAUUAAUAUCUGAUGGCACACACGAUGACAUCGUCGUAAACAUUCCAUGGGUUGCGGUGCGUCGCAUCCGGCGGAUACGGUGCUUGGGGAGCCGACACGUCAAGGGACCGCGGACACGGUGAAUGCAGGCAUGGUGCACGGCUCGCGCGGCAGUUAUGCGGGCAUUCCGCUGCUGGAGAUGUACAGGGACGUGGAGGAGAAACUGUUGAAGCAGGCACACGACCGCAACUACGACAAGGCGGCCCUGAACACAAAGCUCCUCGAGGCGCAGGGCGCACCGGGGUUGCAGGCCAAGUCUGCGCUGCUUCAAGUGUACCGCACACAGGCUGACGUGUACACGGACUUCGCGGCAAAGUCACCGCUGUACAUUAACAUGCCCACCGUUUGCGCCGCUGGCCCUGGCAACGCCAUUCCGGGCUCACUGAUGUUGGGCAAGGCGGCCGAGCUGGAGGCGGAGGUGGACGCACUGGGCCGCGGCGGCGCCGACGGGCAGUCGCCGGUGCCGCCCAACACACCUCUCCUGGGGGAGCACCUGACGGCAGUGAUGAAGCUCAAGGCCAUGUGGGGCAGGAAGCUGCUGCAGAUAACUCUGACGGUGUACACGCACCCGGUGCUGGGGCGUGUUGCGCUGGUGCAGCCGCUGCUGUUGACCGCCUGCGUGCAGCGGCUCUUCGCAGAGGGAGAGGAGAUAGUUACGGCCCUUCUGGAGGGUGGCGCCUCGCCUAAUGUGCGCAACUCUCUCAACAUGACCGCACUCAUGAUGGUGGUGGCGGCGCUGGCCAAGCGCCUCGCGGGCGCACUCGACAACGGCUACAACGACGACCUCACCGCGGACGCGGCCAAAGCGACGGCCGUGGCACGGCUGCUGCUGGCGGCCGGGGCGGACGUGCGGGCUUGGAUGCUGGGGUUCGGCCGGACGUGGUCGGCCAUGUCGGAGCGGGAGCAGGAGGUGGCCCUCAACUUUGGAUCCAUCCAGGCCACACGGGCCGUGCUGCAUCUGGACAGGUACACUGUGCGGGAUGGAUACGACCUGUUGCUGCGGCCGCUGCGGGAGCGGGCCGAGGCGGUGUCCCCCGGCGCGGGUGCACACCUGGACCAGCUGGAGCAGCUGCUGACACACGGCCUGCCGGGCGGGGGCAGCGGUGCGGGCGGGGGAGAGCCUGGUGCCGGCGGUGCCGGGGGUGCGGGCGUGCUGGAGCGGAGCGACUCGGCACGUGGGGCAGCAGGUUGUGGCACCUCACUGGCCGUCAACAAGGACGUCACGUGGCCGUGGGUGCAGGCCAUGAGUAACAUCACGUGGGCCGUGUCCCAGGUGGCUAUGGGCUCGGAUGCGGCGGCCCGCCGCGCCAUCCUGCGCGCGCUGCAGACCCAGGCGCCCUUCGCACUGCCGCCCAUGUCUGUGGUGUCAGUGGCACAGCUGCGGCAGCAGGGGCGGAUACCCAGGUUCUCUCGGGUGGACUCGGCUAAGGACAUGCACGACGCCGCGGAGACAGCUGCCGCCCCAGCAGCUGCAGCCGACGCGCCGCCGCCCCAGCCGCUGCCGUUCGAGCCGCUGCAGGUGGAUGAACUGCCUCCGGGCUGUGUGGUGGUGUUCGUGAGCCACCGCUGGCUGGGGCGCGGCUGCCCGGAUGACGACAAGGGCACCAAGCUGAAACAGGUAUACGCGAUUGCCGACCACGUGGCCAAGCACCGCCGUGUGCCCGCCGACAAGGUUUACUUGUGGCUGGACUAUUCCGUGGUCGACCAGGACAACCCAAUGCCGGGAGUGCAGGCGCUCCCGGUCUACAUCGCCUGCUGUGACGAGUUCGUGUACGUGCACCACGACGAGUACUGGGAGCGCGCGUGGUGCCUCACAGAGCAGUUCAUGCAUUGGAAGCUAGGCACGGGCGAGUCCAAGCACCGCCUGGACCCCACCGGCCUAGCGUUCACCACGGAGAGCAGCCGCGUGCAGCCGCCCGACCCCACGUACGGCAAGCUGGCUGUGGAGGCAGACCGCAUCGCGCUGGCGUCCAUGACCUCCAUCAUGCCGUACACACUGCCGGGGGAUGAGGACUACUAGCUAGGGAUUUAGGGGGAUUGCGGUAGGUGGAUGCGUGCUGGGCUGCUGGGCGUGUGCUCUCGGUGUGUCAGUGUAUGCCGAGGAUUGGGCGGUGGGUGCGUGGGCUGGUGGGUGCGUGCACAAGUUCUCACUUCUGUAGGAUUUCGUGCGUGAGCGCGAAUAGCGCGGUCUCUGGUGUGACCUGGAUUGAUGGCAGUGCCUGGAUAGCGAUAGCGAGUGAUUGGGAGUGUGUGUGCAGGGUAUGGAGGAAGGGUUGAUCCUGUCCUGCCCAGCCAGCCGGCCUAGGUCCGUGAUGUGAGGAGCUAGAUAGGUUGAUCCGUCUUAGCGCUAGCCCUCUUACACCGUCCUGAGUGGUCGUCUGUCCUAGGCGCAAACUUAACACAUAUUGCUUCGGCGUGUCGGGGCGCGGCGUUGGCGAGAGCCACGAGUGGCCGUAAUACCGUGGGGGCAUGUCGCACCCGUGAAGGGCACUUAAAAAGGCUCAUCCUGACGUUGGACUCUACAGUUGCAAUACCUUCCCAAUGA